AUGUCUGUGGCGGAGAAGCCAACGGCAUCCUCGACGGUUACCGUGGUACGUAGGGAGGUGGAUCCGUUGCUGAAGGAUCUGAAUGAGAAGAAGCAGAGCUUCAGGCGGAACGUGGCUUCAUUAGCGUCGGAGCUCAAGGAGGUUCGCAAACGCCUUGCUUUACAAGAGCAGUCUUUUUCUCGCGAAACCCUUACUAGACAGGAAGCAGAAACCAAAGCGAAAAUCAUGGAAAAAGAAAUUAACAGAUUGCAGAAAAGCUUAGAGGAGAGAAAUGUCCAGCUUCAGGAGUCAACAUCUGCUGCUGAGAUGUUCAACAAGGAACUGGAUGAUAUGAGAUCAGAGCUUUCAGCAACUAAAGCUACUGCAGAUGCAAGUGCACAGUCUGCUCAAUCUUCAGAAUUACAGUGUUUGGCACUUCUGAAAGAAUUAGAAGAGAAGAAUUUCUCUUUAAAGGAGCAUGAGGUUCGUGUGAAUAAACUGGGAGAAAAAAUAGAUAUUCUUCAGAAGAAUCUUCAAGCUAGGGAUCAUUCCCAAAUGCAACUGAAAGAUGAAGUCAUGAGAAUAGAGCAGGAGAUCAUGCAAGCAUUAGCUAAGGCUGGAGCGAAUAAAGAUUGUGAGCUUAGGAAAAUAUUAGAUGAGGUUUCCCCUAAGAAUAUUGAAAAGAUGAAUAAGCUUUUGACGGUAAAGGAUGAAGAAGUAGCUAAGCUGAGAGAUGAAAUAAGGAUUAUGUCUGCUCAUUGGAAGCUUAAAACUAAUGAGUUGGAAUCUCAGUUAGAGAAGCAUCAUAGAGCAGAUAAGGAGUUGAAAAAGAAAGUUUUGAAAUUAGAGUUUUGUCUUCAAGAAGCUCGUGCUCAAACUCGCAAGCUCCAAAGAAUGGGAGAGCGAAGCGAUAAAGUUUUGGAAGAACUCAGAGAUCAACUGGCAGCAAAACAAUCCAUGAAUACUGAAAAGGAGAACUACUGGGAGACACCCAGUUUCAAAAUUGUGGCUUCGAUGUCAAUGUUGAUCUUGGUAAUAUUCUCGAAGCGGUAA